GGACAAGUCGCACAUCACGGCCUGCGUCACGGCUGCCCAGGCGGUGCUCCUGAACCCCAAAGCUGUCAGUGCUGCUCCGGGCGGUGCACGCGCCUUUGUCCCGAAUCUAUCUGGAUCCAAAGCCAAGGCCUCUGACGCACUGAGGAAACUGGGCGAUGCCAACAACUAUGAGCUUGGGUUUACGGGAAACAAGGUGGUGUUGGAGAUCGACGGUGCUGACGCCGAUCUCACCAUCAUCGACCUGCCCGGCAUCAUCCACGACCACCCCAAGGGCCGGCACUACGUGGAGCUAGUGGAGCGCAUGACCAAGCAGAACCUCAGUCCCGAGCACCACAUCAUUGCCAUGGCGUUGCCGGCGGCUGCAGACGCGGAGACGCAGGCCAUCCGGCUGUGGGCACGCGAGGUGGACCCCCAGGGCAACCGCAGCAUCGGCAUCAUCACCAAGCCCGACAUGAUUGGGGAGGGCGCACACAUCACACAUGGGAAGCUGGUCAGGCUGGUGGCGGGCAAGGGGGGCAGCAUGGCAGGUGUGGGUGGUCGGAGCGUCGUGGUGGUGGCGCAUGCUUUUCCCCGUGGGGCAAAUGAAAGCGGCGGUCCAUGAAUGCACUACAGGGUUCAUCCGACUACUGUACCGGUAAAUGAAAGCCCUUGACUGGGUAUGACGUACGCUUACAUGGUGAGGGCGAUGUUUGCACAUUGCAAUCGCCUGCCACUGCGUUGGCUGGGGACAUCGCUUGGCCGCCUCCUUGCUCAAUAAACCACGACAGCGCACGCAUCCCUUCCAUCUUGCCCCUGCCCCUCUACCCAACGUUCCUUUACGAUGUCUCAGGGUCCCCAGCCGGCAAUCUCAGCAGCACGCACCUCAAGCUGGGGUACUUUGUCGUCAAGAACCCCUCGCAAGAGCAACUCGUGGAGGGCAUCUCCUUCGAGGGAGCGCGCACAGCCGAGGAGGCCUACUUCUCCACCAACACGCAAU